AUGCUGCCAAUUAUCGCUGCACUGGGCCUCAUCUCCACGGCUGCUGCCCAUGGCACAGUCAACGCGAUCGUUGUAGAUGGGACUUAUUACCAAGGCUAUAACCCAUCCUACCAGUACAUCACGCCCGCCCCAGUCACAGUAGGAUGGAAAAUCCCCCAAGAUCUAGGAAACACCUUCAUCCCACCCGAUAGCUACGGCUCCCCCGACAUAAUCUGCCACUUGGGCGCCACCAACGCCAUGACUGCUGCAGCAACCAAAGGCGGGUCGAAAAUCAACCUACAGUGGACGCCCUGGCCGGUUUCGCACAAAGGGCCAGUAAUCGACUACCUCGCAAACUGCAACGGACCCUGCGAGACAGUUGAUAAGGCAUCCCUGAAAUGGUUCAAGAUUAGUGCAGUCGGACUCAUUGAUAACAGCAUGUCAAACGGGUACUGGGCUACCGAUCAGCUCAUCAAAAAUAACAACACCUGGACGGUGCAAAUCCCAACCUCCAUCGCAACGGGCAACUAUGUCCUCCGCCAUGAAAUUAUUGGGUUGCAUGCUGCUGGUCAACCCAAUGGAGCACAGAAUUACCCACAGUGUGUCAAUCUAGCGAUCACCAGCUCCGGAACCGAUAACCCAGCUGGUGUACCGGCUACAAGUUUCUAUAAGGCCACCGAUCCCGGUAUCAAGUUUGAUCUGUAUAGCGCCUUUACUUCGUAUACUAUUCCAGGGCCAGCGAAAUAUAGCGGCGCCUUAUCGGUUUCGCAGACCAUGCCGGCCCCGCCAGCGGCUACGGCCACUGGUGUUUAUUCUGUUUAA